GCUGCUGUCAGUCAGAAGGCCGCAAGGUCCAAGAUGGGCUCUUCGAGAGCAUCCCAGAUAGGGCGUGUGGGAGGGCGAGGGAUGCUGGCUCUGCUGCUGGCCGGUCUCCUCCUGCAAGGGACCAUGGCCAAGAGCAUCGGGACCUUCUCAGACCCCUGUAAGGACCCUACACGUAUCACCUCCCUCAAUGACCCCUGUCUCCUGGGGAAAGGUGGCUCCAGCAGUUCCAGCAGCUCCGUUUCCAGUUCCAGUGGCUCCAGUGGUGGCUCUAGUGGCUCCAGUGGCGGCUCCAGUGGCUCAAGUGGUUUCAGUGGUGGCUCCAGUGGUUCCAGUGGUGGCUCCAGUGGCUCCAGUGGUGGCUCCAGUGGCUCCAGUGUUGUUCAUGGUGGUUCUUCAGGAUCUUUGUUAUUUAAGCCGGGAACAGGGUAUUCCCAGAUCAGUUACUCUUCUGGAUCUAGCUCUAGUCUACAAAGUGCCUCUGCCUCCUCCCACUCGGGAAGCAUCAGCUCCCAGUCGGGAAGCAUCAGCUCCCAGUCUGGAGGAGGCUUAAGUUCUUCUGUUUCCCAAACCUCCUGGUUGUCCAGCAGCGGUGGCCAAAAGGUCAACUCCAACCAGCGCCCCUGUAGUUCUGAUGUCCCUGACUCUCCCUGCAGUGGGGGGCCCAUCAUCACCAGCUCCCACUCCGUAUCUGAGAGUAAAAGGCCUGUCGUGGUGGUGGUGGAGCAGCAUGGCUCUGGUGGCCCCGGAGUCCCCUGUAGCAGUGAUGGCCUUCCAGGGAAGCCCUGCCCCCCCAUCACCUCUGUAAACCAAUACGGUAGCUACGAGGUGGUGGGUGGCUCUUCUGACAGUUAUCUGGUCCCAGGCAUGACCUACAGUGGGGGCAAAAUCUACCCCGUGGGCUACUUCACCAAAGAUAACCCUGUCAAAGGUUCUCCAGGGGCCCCCUCCUUUGCAGCUGGGCCCCCCAUCUCUGAGGGCAAAUACUUCUCCAGCAAUCCCAUCAUCCCCAGCCACAGCUCUUCAAGCUCUAACAUCUACCAGUCGGGAGGUUCCUCGACCGUUGUGCUCCACCCAGUGGGCUCUGGUGGGGUCCGGCUCUGUGGUGUUGGCUCCAAGGGGCCCUGCUCCCUCCCUAGCUCUGGAGUCCACAGCAGUUCGAGCCUUUCCAGCAGUUCUGGUUCAUCCUUCCAUCCCUGUGGCGGUGUUUCCCAGGGGCCCUGCUCCCCGCCAGGCACUGGCUCCUUCAGUGGCAGCUCCAGCUCCCAAUCCAGUGGCAAAACCGUCCUUCAGCCCUGUGGCAGCAAGUCCAGCUCCUCCGGUCACCCCUGCAUUUCUGUCUCCUCCUCAUCAUUGAGUGGGGGUCCCGUCGGCUCUCCCCAACCUGAUCCAUCAGCUGGUGCGAAGCCCUGUGGCCCCAGGAGCCCUGGAAAGAUCCCCUGUCGCUCCAUCCGGGACAUCUUGGCCCAAGUGAAGCCUCUGGGGCCCCAGCUAGCUGAUCCUGAAGUUUUCCUGCCCCAGGAAGAGUUAUCUGACAGUCCCUAAGCUUUUGCCUGUGCGCGUGUGCAGACACACACACACACACACACACACACACACACACCUCCCAGGUGGGUGAAGUCCAGGGACUCAGGCAUGGGGUUAGCUCAGUUUGCUCUCCCAAGAGAGCUGCUCUACUUCUCCCAUCACCCUGAUGUGGCAGACUCCCUCUUAUCACCUCUUUUUUCCUUAUCUCCCCAAAUUGUAGACUCCAAAUCCUUUUCCUCAUUUUCCCCUACUGCUUAGAUUCCCAUUCUCCUGCAGUGCCCUCCCGGCCAGAUACUCACUCCCUAGAAUUUCCUCUGCGAUUUCUUUGAGGUGAUACGGUCCAUCUGCUAGCCCUACCCAUUCGGAUUUUUGAAUAGGAAACUCCUGAUAUGUCUGAGAGUAACUCUGAUGCCUGGACAGGUCACCCCUCCUCCCUGGCUUUGCCAAAUAAAGCACAAUCCAAAUGAUUAUUUGGAGACAAUGACCACCUCUUACUGAUUUCACUUCGCCAUCUUGUCAACCAGUGUGAUAAUGCUAUUGGGUUCUCGCACUCCCAAUUCCACUUCCACUCUCCAUUAUAGAACUCAUCACACCUUCUGUGAAUCCGCAACACCUCCCUUAUCUCUCAAUGUCUCCAUCUCAGUCCCCCUUCCUGGUUGUCACUUCCCUCAAUGCUCAGAUGCUUCCCUGUGUGUGGGAGAUACCAGGGCACCUGCAGAGACUGGAGCAGGCUCCCUAUUCUCUCUGGAUCCUGGACGGACACCUCAAUAAACUAUGUGACCUA